UUAAAAUUGAUCAUUUAGAAAACGGUAGUUGACAAUAAUACAGGACACACAGAAAGACAUUCAUUAAGUGUUGGUCAUAAUUUGAUGAUGUCACGUCGUAAACAGCCUCGACCCAAACAUUACGCAACAACAUCCGAAGACGAAGAAGACGAACAGAUUGAGCUUAAUAAAAUUAACGGAAAUAUCAAUAUCGACAUUGAUAACGAUAAAAUCGGCAACAAUAAAGAUAUUAAUAACAUCAUUAUUGAUUCAGACAAUCCAAAACAACAAUCAGAACAACAUCCACAUGAUGCUGAUAUAAUCGGUCAUUCAAAAACAAGCAAUGACAAUAAUAAUAUCGUAGCCAUCAAAGAUAAGCAAAGUCAAAUUUUGGAAAUCAACGAUCAACAUCAUUCUCAGCCACAACUACAACAACAAUUGCAUUCAGUCGAUACAUUGCUUGAAGGCAAUCAAUUGAACAAACAUAAUAAUAAUAAUAAUCAUCAUCAUCAAAACCGUAAACAUAACCAAGACAAAGGUCAUCAUCAUCAUAAUAUCGAUAAAAAUAUUGAUGAUUUCAUUGAAGAAACAACUAAUAAUGAAAAUUUUGAUAGUGUUAAUUUAAAACGAUUCAAAAAAGACAAAUCAGCAGCUAAUUUGCCACUGGUUGUAUUAGAUACUCAUGACUCUACAAAUGAUAAUCAUAAUGAUAACGGCAAUGGUGAAGAUCUUAAUCUGAUCAAAGAUUCAAAAAUAACGUCAACAAACGAUUGUAAAUUAAUGAAUAUUCAUUCAUCUAAACAGCAACGAAUCGAUGGCGAUAGUGUUGAAAACAAAUUAAUAUCACCUGAUUAUCAUCAUCUUAAACGAUCAUCGAUUGAUUUUAUUACACGAGAAUCGAUAACAGCUUUUGAACAAAAUGUUCGACAAGAAUCGAUUGAUAAUGGUCAAAAUGGUAAUAGUUGUUGGCGAAAAAAUUCAUUAGAAACAAACGGCCAUCAUCAUCAUAAUCAUCAAUCGAACCAUACACCAACAAAGACAUCUACGAAUCCAUCAACGACUAUCAAUCACUAUUCACCAGCAUCAAUGUUUGAUGUCAAAUUUAAAUCCUAUCAUAAUAGCAAAAACAAUAACAACAACAAUCAAGACAAUCUUUUUGUAUCAACAUCAUUGAACAAUAAUAUUGGAAAAAAUAAUUUUAGUCACUUCAUUAAUUGUUCACCAAAUAAUAAUAAUAAUAAUAGCUUCAAUAGUUCAACGAUAUUGAACGUUCCUUUAAUGUCGAAAACAAUGAAAUCACAUAUAACACCAAACGGAAAGAAUUUAUGCGAUAAAUGUGGUGGUUCAUAUGCUACAUUGGCAGCAUUAAUUAGUCAUAAAAAAUCGUGCAAAAGUAAGAAAAAAUUAUCCACCACAUCGACAACGAAUACGACAUCGAGAACAAUUUCAGAUCAUCAUGGAUCAUCAUCCUCAUCAUCAGUAUCUCGUAAUCAUAUCAGCAACAACAACAAUAAUACCGGUGAUGAUAAAUUACUAUCGAACAACAGUGGUGUACAUGAUUCGGAUCCUACAUCAUUCUUUCAACAUCAUCAUUCACAUUCGCAUCCACAUUUACUUUCUCAUCAUACAUAUCCCUUACUUCAACAUCAACAUCAAUCAUUGUCGGAUGAACAUCAACAGAAUCUUAAUAAACUAAUGGCAUUUGAAAGUUUGGCUGCCGCCGCUGCUGCUGUCGCCAUGGAAAACUCAUCCACUGUUAAUCAACAACAAGCCACAAGUCCAUUGAGCGCAUUAUCAGGACAUUGGCCGACGACUAAUGAAAUGAUGAUGAAUUCACCGAUUUCACAAGCAACAACAACGACAGCGCCAUCGUUCUCUGCUGCAACUUCAGAUAUGAAUGCUUUUAUAGAAUCAUUAACACCGUUAUUUACCGGCGGAUCAAUUCCAUCAUCAUCAUCACAACAUCAACCGUCCGAACGUAAUGAAUCAUUAUCGGCUAGAGAACAACAACAACAAGCAGCAUUAUUUACACAGCAAAUGAUGUUGUUUCAUAAAACAAAAAUAUUAUCGUUUGAUCAUGAACAUGAUGAAGAAAAAAGUGAUCUCGAGGAUAGCACACAUCGACAAUGUCAGCCAUCAUCAUCAUUAUCACCAAAAAGUGACCGCGAAAAUGAAUCAAUUACAAAUUCAGCUUCAACUCGUAAGCUACUUUCAUCGAUACUGGAUUUAAAAGAUACGAAUCCGGAUGCACCAUUACCACCAAUGAUGAGCCCACCUAAAGUCGAUUCUUCCGAACCAGUAUCAUUUAGCGAACCAAAUACACUAGAAUUGUUGCAAAAACAUACCGAACAAGCAUUACAGAAUACAAUGUCUGGAGGUUCAUUUCUUCUGAAUGGGCUUUCAUCAACUGAUAAUAAUGAACUACUUAAUUUUCGUAAAGGAAAAGAUGGUAAAGAAGAUCCGGCCAAUAGACAUCGUUGCAAAUUUUGUGGAAAAGUUUUCGGUAGUGAUUCAGCAUUACAGAUACACAUUCGAUCACAUACUGGUGAACGUCCAUUCAAGUGUAAUGUUUGUGGAAAUCGUUUUACUACGAAAGGAAAUUUAAAAGUACAUUUUCAACGUCAUAAGGCUAAAUAUCCACAUGUAAAAAUGAAUCCACAUCCGCUCUACAUUGAUUCCAUAUGCAAAUGA